UGUCCAGCUCUCCUCAGGCACCUCAGCCCACCACUUCUCUCCACUCCUUCCACAUCCCACACUUGGGUCUUAUGAAACCCACCACAUUCACCAACCCUCCCAGGGGAGUCACCUGACCUCUUUCAGCAUCUACAGCCAACCUCUGGUGGGAGUCCUGUGAUGCUUCAGCCCGCAUGACAAGCUCAGCAUCUUUAGGUGCCCAUGAGUUCAACCAUGCGGCUGGCCACAGCGGUUCUGCUGCUGGGGCUGAUAAUAGUGGUCACUGGAGAUGAGGAAGAAAGUGACCCAUGUGUUCAUGAGCCCCUGACCAAGGAUGAUGCUCACUUAUGCAAGGGUCUUGACGUUUUCUACCCAGAGUUGGGGAACCUUGGCUGCAUGUAUGUUCCUGACUGCAACGACUACAGAAAGAAGAUCACCUCCUGGCCCCAGCCGACAGUCAAGUUCCCUGGGGCCUUGCAAGAUGCAACCUACAUCCUGAUGAUGGUGGAUCCAGAUGCCCCUAGCAGGACUUCACCCACACGUCGCUUCUGGAGACAUUGGCUGGUAACUAACAUCAAGGGCACUGAUAUGAAGAAAGGGAAGAUUCAGGGCCAGGUGUUGACAGCCUACCAGCCUCCCUCUCCUCCAGCGCACACUGGCUUCCAUCGGUACCAGUUCUUCGUCUACCUUCAGGAAGAAAGGACCAUCUCUCUCCUUCCCAAAGAAAACAGAAACCGAGGCUCUUGGAGAAUGAAAAACUUCCUGAAACGCUUCCACCUGCGCAAACCCGAAGCAAGUACCCAGUUCAUGACCCAAAACUCCCAGGACUCGCCACUCAUCCAGGGUCCUGCAGCUGUUGAUAACAAGCCCAAGCACAAACCCAAGCAGAGAUAA